AUGAGAGGUUUGAGAAUAUCGCUGUACGUUUGCAGCCUCCGUCGCCGUCAGCGGAGGAACUGCAGUGGCAAGUCAUCAACUGUAUAUGCUUGUGCCAAAGAACAAGGGUUUAGUAUUUUAGAGCUCAAUUCAUCACAUUCUAGAAAUGGGACUGCUAUCAGGAACUUGGAAGAACCUCUUACUUCAAUUGGGUUCCAUAGAUUGCAGGAAGCAAUCUAUCUUAAGUUGGAGAUCCAAGAGUAUAGUAAUGUGAUUAUCCAAUGGCUAACUCAACCUAAUCUUCCUGUGGGUGGCAUAGCUGGCCAAUCAGAUCGAGGUGCACAAUCUGUUGUUCUUUCUGGUGGUUAUGUGGAUGACGAGGAUCAUGGAGAAUGGUUUCUCUACACUGGAAGCGGUGAUAAGGAUCUUAGCGGCAACAAACGUACCAACAAGAGUCACUCUUUUGACCAGAAGUUUGAGAAGUACAACCGUGCACUUCACGUUAGUUGUCUCCAGGGUUAUCCUGUUCGGGUUGUCAGAUCUCAAAAAGAAAAGCGAUCUUCAUAUGCCCCAGAGAUUGGCGUGCGGUAUGAUGGAAUUUAUAGAAUUGAAAAGUGUUGGCAGAUAGCGGGAUUGCAGGGUUUCAAAGUUUGCCGGUAUCUAUUCGUUAGUGAUGAUGUUGGAGAUAGGCCCAGAGCCUUGCCGGUCAUUCGUGAACUGAAAAAGGCUACAGUUAUAUAUGAAAGGACUGAAUCUGCAUCUUGGGAUUAUGAUGCGAAAGAUUGUCGUUGGAAAUGGAUGAAACCACCACCUCCCAGCAGCAAAAAGGUACAAAUUGAAGAACCCGUAGAGGUAACAAGGGCAAAGACAGAUAGCGAUAUAAGGAAGUUCCAACUUAAUUCUAUCAAGGAACAAUUGCAUAAAGGGUUCUCGUGCAUGAUAUGUAAGGAAGUUAUGGUUUCACCAGUGACUACACCUUAUGCUCAUAACUUCUGCAAGUCCUGUUUGGAAGGUGAAUUUGCUGGUCAGGCUUUUGUGAAGGAGAGAAGUAGGGGUGGGAGAACGCUUCGUUCCCAGAAAAAUGUGAUGAAAUGUCCUUCCUGCCCUAUUGACAUUUCUGAUUAUCUUCAGAACAUUCAGGUUGAUAUAGAUUUGAAGAGUGCGAUUGAGUCACUGAAAGCCAAGGUAGAAGAAAUUGAAGAAUCACUGGAAUCAAGUGAAGAUGCAGCAGAUGGAUUUCAGGACAACGGUGUUGGCAAGGAUGACGAUACUGAUUCAGGGAACCAAAAUUCUGUAGAGCAGUUGAAUGAUCUACCGGAAGGAUCUGAUGUCGAUGAGCUUAAAGACACCAAUACUAAGGGGCAAGAUUGA